UAUCUUCUGAGAGGACCAGAGAGUAUAAAAGACCUGUAACCCCUGCACCGCUCGCAAAGAAAGCCGAGUGUUCACAUCCACUCCUCCACAGGAGAGACACACAUAAGAAACGGUGCAGCUGCACCCAGUCAACAGCCUGUCAAUCAACAAACCGAAUGAAGCCAAAAAAAAAAAACUAUUUUUCAUUGGGUGUGAACUAUAAACUCACUCCAGUCUUUCUGAUGCAUUUACAUCAGCACUACAUCACGGGUAGCGAAUACAAAGAAAAACGACCAACGGUGACAAAAAGCCAUGAAUCUUGAGCCACCCAAACCAGAGAUCAAAUCAGCCACCCGUGUCACCGGUGGUCCUGCCACACCACGCAAAGGACCACCCAAGUUCAAGCAGAGGCAGACUCGCCAGUUCAAGAGCAAGCCACCAAAGAAGGGUGUCCAAGGUUUCGGAGAUGACAUCCCCGGCAUGGAAGGUUUAGGCACUGACAUCACUGUCAUCUGCCCCUGGGAGGCCUUCAACCAUCUGGAGCUUCACGAGCUGGCUCAGUACGGUAUCAUCUGAGCCUGUUACCUUCCCAUCAUCCUCUGUGCAGUUAAGACCCCUUCCAGUCCUGUUCUCCAAACCACCUGGCCAUCGUCUCCAUGUGGACCAUUCCUACUUUUAUAACAGAAUAAACACACAAAACAGCAACAUUUAUAAAAAUGGGAAAACUAAGAAAAAUCGACAUCAAAAAAAAAAAAAAAAAAAAAAAACCUAUC